AUGCCUCACCUAGUCGAAGCCGUCGGGAGGGCUUCGCCGAACCUUCCAAUCGACGCUCCGGCGGUGGUCGGAACCGCCGGUGAGACCGCAACGGCCCCGCCGUCCCCGCCGCAUUUCGCGGAUCUUUACACCUCCCCGCAAGCCUUCUCCGAGUCGCCGUCAAUGUCGGACUUUUCCCAAGACUCGCCCGCGCCAAACCUUCCCCGCGGCCCCCACAAGUCGGAGUUUCCACAGACCCCUCCCGCGAUGUGCUCAGACCCGGCGCGGUUAAGCCGCGGCGGACUGCGCCGACACCGCCGCGUCGCAUCGUCCCCGCAAUCCAGCCCGUCAGAGUUGGAAGGAAAUCUCGACGGCAACGCGGAGCGAGAAGGAACGCAGCGCAUCGUAACGCCCAAGAUCGAUGGUCGAAAUGCCGUGCGGUCCCGCCACAACCGCCGUUCCACCGUCGGCGGCGAGGCCGGCAGCGGAAGCACCGAGACGGGCAGCAGCGGGGGAAACGGCGGGCAUUGCGGCGACUUGUACGGCAGACAAGAGCUGGUACGCCUGGUCCCAGCGGGCCAAAUCACAGCCGUCUCGGGGUUUUCGCCCAAGUCUCCCUCGGUUUUGUCACUCUCGAGAAAGUCACCGCUGCCCAAGUCACCUUCGUCUCAGCCCUUGCCUCGGCCCGGGGCAUCGCCGCCGCGUCGCACUUCCUAUUCGAGCGACGCCAUCCCGCUACAACGCGGCGGCUGUAGCGCGGAAAUGCCGCUACAGCCGCCGGAGGGAGGACUACUCAGCGGAGUACCGCGCGGGUCGUCGUACGGGGCGUCGUGCGGGUCGUCGCCGGGGGCGAACAGCCCCGGCAUGAACAUCCAGCGGAGCCCCUUCAGCGCGGCUGGAUUCCGCUCGCCGCGCGAUGAUGACGCGACGGCGUGUGUGGCGGAGCUAUCUUCCACUCCCUGCGAGGGUGUCGCGCGGGCCCCUCCGCGAUCCCCGGCGGUCGGCAGGCUCGCGGCAGCUCGAGCGUGGAAUAAGAUGAUGGCGAUGCCGCCGUUGAGCACGGAGCUGUCACAACGCCGGCGGAGCUGCCAUCGCCUUCUCCGCGCGGCGUUUCUACUACUGCGGGUGUCGUUGGAAGGAAGCGCCAGCGCGGAGAUCAUCACGGCCGCGGAAGCCGCCACAACGGCGACGGCGGCGGCGGCGGCGGCGGCGGUGGCGGGAGCGGAGGCGAUCGCGAGCGCUGCGCCGGACAUUCCGCUGGACCUGCUGGAGUCCGCGCGGCGGCUGAUGGCGGAGUGCGAGGCGCGCGGAGUGCGCUGGGAGCUGCUGAACGCCGCGGGCGGCCUCAGCGGAAGCUCCGCGGAGGCGGAUCUCGCAGCUUUGUCCCCGAACCCCGGAGCGGAAGCUCCGCGGGCGGCUCUUCGCACUGCUCCCGCUCGCGCUAUUCCCGUCUCCCGCCUGCGCCGCGGACGCGUGUCCUCCUGCUCCUCUCUCCCCGUCUCCGCCGACCUAACUUCCGCGCUCCCCUCUUCUCCGCUUUCUACUUCCCCGCUUUCCCCGUCCCCGCUUUCUCCCCUUUCCGCCGCCUCUGCGCGUGUCCUCCCCGCGGCCUCCGCGAAACCCGCUCCCGCGGAAAGCCCGUCGUGGAGAGACCGUUCAGGUGCGCAAGGUAAGGAGCGUGCUCAAGAUUCGCUUGCCGUUGCCGCGCAGCGGCAGCAGCAGCAGCAGAAGCAGAAGCAGCAGCAGCAGCAACGGCAGCUUGUGGGGGCCUCUAAACGAGAUCGCGUGAAGCAGCUGCGCGUUUUGGGGAAGCACGGAAGCUUCGAGCAACUCUCGGGAUUCUUUUCCAAUGUGCUCUCCCUUUCCCGGGGCAGCAGCGGGGAUGGCUCCACCAAUAGCGGAUGCAGCAGCCCCUGCCCGAGCAAUCCGGGCAGCUUGCUGGAAAAAAUAUCUUGGGGGGGGAAAAGUGCCAAGCCCACGGAUUUCGUGCUCAGGAUGCCCUACGAGGAUAUCAAGGCUCGAUAUUCGCUAGGGAAGAAGGAGAUUGGUGAGGGCAGGUUCGGUUCCAUCCGAACCGAACCUGCCUAG